AUGGAAUACCAGUCUCAAACACCAGCUCUGGACAGCCUUAUGGUUGCAAAGAAGCGUAAAGAUUCCGCAGCAGACGAGCCAUCUCCGCAAAGUCCUGCCAGCAGUGGGAUUCUCAAUCGUCGCCUCGAUCUCAGCUCUGUAGCUUACCGAUCAUUCUCCAACAAUGGCUCACCUGCACGAAGCCAAGACAGUCAUGCUAUGCAUAUGGAGACAAGGAUACUCAAAGAGUUUGACACAAUUGACGCUUCGCUGAUGGGCAACAUGAACAUUGAAAAGUUUUCAGACUAUAUCGCCCGAGAGCGUCUGAGCUCAAUGCCCCACCGCGGCAGUCUUUGGGACAGAGUGCUCCGGUGGGCUGAGUUCUAUGCCCUGCAGAUCAACAACUACGCUAAGAAGAUUGGAUCAUUCGUUCCCGAGAGCCAGUACGCAGCUAGGCAGAUCUACACAUUGUUGUAUAGCAUCGUCGAGCUUGGGGAAACCAAUGCUGGUGCUCUCAACACCACCUUCUCAAUCUUCUACAAGCUUGGUCUCUCAUUGUCGUUUUUGUCAUCGCAUGAGACACAGCUCAGCUUGAGCACUGACGUCCGCGAGGAUGUCAGCAGAGCCUUUCGCGAUAUGCACCUGUUGGUGUUCGACGUGGCAUCUCACUACCACGGAUCAGUUCGCGGCCUUGGACAGAAAUCCGUAACCCUCGAUCUUACUUAUCUCUUCCGCGAGCAUCUCAACAACUUCCACAACCGCAAGAACCGAAUUAUGAACCAUAUCUGGAGCCACGCUCUUGGAGGUGAUGCAUCGAGGGAUGUUCAUGAAGUCCGCAAGUGGCUUGACCAGAGGGCUUUUCUGCUGCGAAGCAUAUCUGCGGAGUCUCUAACGCACACCUCCCAAUAUGAUGAAUACACCUGUGAAUGGUUCCAGCAACCUCUUUACCAGUUCACUUGUGCCAGCGAGAAGAUACUCGGCAUCGAAGGUCCGCCCGGGAGUGGAAAGUCAGUGCUCUCUACUUGGAUUCAGGAGAGAUUGCAACGUCGCUUGGGUCAAAAGACUCACAGUACUGUAAUGUUCUCCUUCGAUUCUGACAUCCCAAGCGAGACUACGUCGCUCGCUCUGGCCAAGAGUCUAGCGCUGCAGUUGAUGGACAUCCGCUUAGGCAACGUCCCUAUGUUCGAAGCUAUUGUUCAAGCCUACAACAGCAACAGCUCUACUGAUACGGAGCAACAUCUAUGGACUGCAAUCAAUGCAGCCUUCUCCGACCUUUCUGAGCCAACCAUGAUCAUCAUUGAUGGCCUAGAUCAGCUGCGCGACAACAAGAAGCAGGUCUGUGAGCGUAUUGAGAAGCUUUCGAUGACUCACGAGUCCCUCAAAUCCAUCAUUCUCUCCAGACCCAUGAUCCUCCCCGAGACUUGGAAACCAUUUCAAAUCAAGCCGGAUCACCUCUAUGACGAUAUCAAGCAUAUAGCCCAGCAUCAGCUCCGGAACUGCACAGCUUAUCGCAAGAGCAACGACGCCGACAGACAAGAAUUCUUGGAUCGCCUAGUCAAGAAAGCAAAUGGCUGCUUCCUCUGGUUGUUGCUUGCUAUUGAUGUCCUCAGUCUCUCUAAGUCGCCAAAGGAUCUGGACGAUGACUUGGAAAAGCUUUCCGAUACAUUCGACAAGAUCAUCAAGAAACGUGCCGAUUCUGAUGGCUUUGCGGAUCAUGAUGUGAAGCUUCUGACCUCUUACAUGAUGGUGACUGAGCGGCCACUAUCUGUGAACGAACUUUAUAAUCUCCUUCAAGUUGACCUCCAGAAGAAGACGAACACACGUCGUGAGAUAGACUUCAAGGACAUGUUCAAAAAGACAUCUGGAUUGUUAGGCCCCGACAACGCAGGUCUUGUGAAAUUCUUGCACCCUGCAAUCAGAGAGCAUUUCAUUGCUUUGCAGAUCAAGGGAGAUAAAUUGCUUCCUCACAAAGAGGCUCAUACAGACAUGACCUUGAGGUUGCUCACCUACAGUAAAGCUUGUUUGUCCAAGUCUCACGAUAUCUCCCUUGAGCCUUUGCCGCAGAUCGAUGUCGAGCGUCUUUUCACAGAACACGAUCUGUUGGAGUAUGCUGUACGCAACUGGACGACCCACUUCCGCCAGUCCACUUUGUUCAAGUCGACAGGUGCCCUUGGGCUCUCGAAUGAUGUCAAGGCAGCCUUCCCGACUUCACCUUUGAUGCCCCUGCUCGAAUGGACAUGCUGGGAUGCGCAGUUCCCCACCAACGAACUGCUACCUAUACAUGAUCUCGCUCUACGCGUUCGCUUUGAUGUUUUCCAGGACAAGCAUAUCUCGACAUUGCAGACUUCUAUCAGCUGCGCUUAUGUGUACCACAUGUACUCAUCCCCGGACGCAGCUGCACCUUACUUUGUUCGAGCUUCCCGUGUCUGUCAGCACAUGCUGCCGAAACACAAUCGCAUAACGAUUACUUUGACUGAGACUGCCCUAACCAUUACGGAAUCGAUCAAGUUGACCAGUCGCACGGAGCUUGUGACAUUCCGGGAAGAGAUGCUCAAAUUCAUCAUCACUGCUUACAAGGAAAGCCAUGGUGAGACCAGUGACAUUGUCAUUCGCUAUACCAAAACUUUGGCCGAGAUGUAUGUCUCGAUUCAUGAAGAAGACCACGCCGCAGCGUGCUGGAAAGAGCUUCGUACCAUCAUCAUCAGCAAGCAUGGAGAGGGUUCGGACUUCGAGAGAGAAAUUUCCGGAAAGCUCAUGAUUGUUCUGAAGGGGGACGAUGACCAUGUGAUCAGACCAUAUGUCGAGGAUAUCUUCUCUGUGGGCGAGGAGAGAACUAUAGUCUGGAACUUUGCCAGAUUCCAGAUGUUCUUGAAGCUUGCACAAGGCUGCGAGCAUCGCAAAGAGCUGUACGAAGCGGAGGAGCUUUAUGUGACUCUCUGGACACGUCUGCUAGGACUCUGUCGGAGUCAACAAUCGCACGAUGUCGAGACUCGUAUCAGCAUGCUCCAGAUCGCUGUUGAAUAUGUCCACUUCCUGACAAGACAACAACGCAAAGAAGAAGCAAAGAACGUGCUUAUCGUCCUGUGGACUGAACACAAGCAUUUUGGAUGCGAGUCUGAAGCAUUCUAUCAGCAGUUAAUGACUAUCGGCAAGCUGAUGAGAUCUCUGGAGCUCCAUAACUUGUCGAUCUCUGUCUUUGAGCGCGUCUUGAGUUUCUUCAAGGCGGUCGGCAAACACGAGAGCAGCUACGCUCAUGAGUGUGAGAGAACGAUGAUCGAAGUGAUUCAAGAGACCUCAGAGAGACACUCGUCCUCUUCCUCGAGGUGUGAAUCCACGGACGAGAUGGAGACUGUCGUUCGCAGAAUGUUCAGCUCUUCAACCACUCUGUCCCACGAGACUAUUAAGGUCGCUAGAUCUGCCGUUCAUGUGUACAUGACGCAGGAGCAUUGGUCUGAGGCCAUCAGCCUUCUGACCAGAACGCUUGAUCUUAUGCAUUUCUCAGGCUCUUGGGGAGGUGACGUUUGCUUGCCCAACGAGUACGCUGACGAAUCCAUCGAGUUUGCUCUCGAGCUUGGAAAAUGCUAUAUGAGAAGCAAGCGUCACUCGGAGAGUUUGGCAGUCUACCUUCAGCUGUGGCAAGCAGUGCGAAGUUCCUGCAGCAUUGAUGACAAGCGAAGAACAAUCAUUCUCGAUGUUCUCAUCCAGAAUUAUACCGAGCACAAGAGAUGGAGAGCUUUGGUUGAGCUACAUAAGGAUCUGCUGCUAGAGUACCGCCGACACCUCGGAAGAUCGCAUGAGCGUAUCAUUGGGCUUCUCUACUUCUUGGGUGAUCUGACGCUUGAACACGGUCACGGGUACCCCGAAGAUUACUACCGUGAGAUCGUCGACAUCAUCGGAACAUCCAACACCAAGCUUUCGUUCAAAGCCUAUAAGAGACUCAGCCAGAUCUACUACGAUGAGAGUAACUGGGUGGAGCUGAGAAUCGUCUGUGACGUCCUGUGGAGCCUUCUCACGACCAAAACCCAGGAGUACGACUACGACGAAAACUAUAUCGAACUUCUGUACAUAAGAUAUGCCUAUGUUCUCAAACAUCACAACAGAAACAAUGGUAAGGCGGACCACAAGCUCUUCGUUCUUGUCGCUCAGCAGUACCGAGACAUCUGUAUAACGAAGUUCGGCUCCUCAUCUUCUGUUGCUAUUCGAGCCAGGAUCGAACACGCUUCGAUACUCAUGGAGGACGAAUCAACCAAGAUCGAAGCUGUGAGCGCCUAUGAGGAGAUCAUCACAACGACCAGGAACAGCAAGAUUGUGAUUGACGAGAAGACCAUGUCAAUGGUGAAGAGUCGUAUGACUGAGGCCUAUGUUUACGUCCAUCGCAAAGGUAUCUCGUCAGCGGCCACAACAGAAAAGGCCAUCAUUGUACUUCAGGAAAGGCUCCAGCAGCUCAAGAGUGCACAUGGAAGUGCUUAUUCCGAGACACUGUCUGUUCUCAGCGAACUGAUCUCGAUGCGCUGCAAAACCAAGAAGACAACAGAAGACGAACAGACUAUUAUUCGCAUGCUCCAAGAGAGUACUGUCGAGAUAAUCAUCAAGGAGCAGCAAUCUCAGGUACUCUUCGAGGCAGCGAACACAAUCGGUGCCAUGUACAUCACCUGCGGCUACCAUGCUCAGGGUCUCGAGCUCGUGUACGCUGCCAGACGUCAGAUAAUCUGCGGCCAUGCAGGAAAGAAUAGCCUCAAGCUCGACAAAUCGAUCAAUCGUGUCGCUUUCGUCUUCCUUGUCACCCUGGAGCUGUCGCUCAAGGGCUCCUCCGGACACAACUUCACCGAAGUUAUGGCAGAUUGGUUAUCUGAGUCUGUGUUGUACAACAACUACUCUCGCAGUCUGACUACUCAGGUAAAGAUCGAUCAACUGCUCCUGCGUAGCGCUCGUCUCAGAUCAUUCUGGCUCACGCGCUCGCGUAAAGAAGACAUUGACAUACUCGAUGGACGUGUCUUUGAAAUCUUCAUCAAACAAUUCGGCACUCCUCUGAAAACCAGGCCGGAGAUGAUCAAGACCUUCUUGCUAUCGCUUCUGGCCCAUAUCGGAUCUGGCGAUGCUUACGACAUUCAGGUGGCCAGAGCCGCAUCUAUCUCUGGAGAUUCCAAGAUCGAAGCACUCAUCCGAAGCGGCAAACACCACGAGGCGGCCGAGGUUGCAUACUGUACUUUUCACUUCGUCAUGACGCAAGGUGGCUACCAGCAAGCUGGCCUCAUCGGUUAUGGAUUCAGACUAGCCAAGUACAUGACCAUGAAGGACAAUGUCCCUGCUGAGGUUCACUCUAAGAUGCUGCAAGCUUCGAGAGAAAUCAUGACGGAAGUCUUGACUGCGUGCAAGACACUACAGAUUAACUUCUCACAACUGCACGACCAUGAACUAAACGAUCUUGUUGAACUUCUCGGCCAGCAAGAGAACUACAAGGAGCUUGAUGUUAUUCUCGAGUCAUUAUGGAAGUCGCGUUCCGGCCAGAAGAACUGGAGUGAAGACACAUUGAUCAAUCUUGGAGAGCGUCUCGUUAUGUCACGUCAUCUGGCUUCCGACAAAGGACACUCUCACCGUGCCAUUCACCUCGCCGAGGACAUCACCUAUAACUUGCGCCGUGUGCUCGGCGGUCUCCAUCCUCACACACUCAAGAUGUCCGAUUUGUUAUCUCAGCUCUACACUGGUGCAAAGCAGUAUGGCGACGCGCUCAACGUGCACGAGGAAGUCAUACAGCUCAUUGUCUCUGGUGAUGAUGGCGAUGAGCGUACUACUGACAUUGUUGAUUCCUCAACCGCUCGCAAGCAAGUCAACCUCCUGAAGGCCGCGUACCAGCGCAAUGGUGGCUGGGUCAAAUCUGCGGACUUCUACCAGAAGCUCGUGACCGACUUGACAAAGAUGUUUUCCAAGACCGCAGACUUCAAGGAUCUGCAACCGGUUAAAGAAUGGCAGGCUAAGCUUGACAGCGCAACCGCCCAUCUUGGUCUGUUCCAGAAGCCUCAGCAGUGGAUGUUUGUCUGUUGCUGA